GUGGCGGAUAUAUAGAAGCUAAUGAAAAUGUGGUGACAAUAAAAGAAGGAUCAAAAACAUCAUUUAAAGUACUUCUUAAAUAUAUUUAUUUCGGUAAAAUGAAUUUAAGUGUUCUAGAGGGUAACGUCAUUUUGGAGUUAUUAAUUCUCUCGAAUAUGUGGUGUCUUACAAACUUACAAUUUUCACUGUCCGAGUACUUGUGUAAUAACAUCAAUAUACACAAUGUAAGUUCGUUGUUUGUCGUGGCACUUUACUAUCAACUCAAAGAACUCGAAGUUGCAUCAAUCAAUUUUAUUGUCAUACACAUUUUGGACGUAUUGAAAUCUAUAGAUUCUAGCUCUUUGUCGGCCGAAGAAUUACAACUAAUUCUCAAUAGUGACUUGGCGUUUGUUAACGAAUUAGAUAUAUUCCGUGAGGUUUGUCAGUGGAUCAAAAACAACCAAGACCACCUUCAUCCUGACGAUAAAACCAACAUUUUGUCUGCCAUCAGAUAUCAGCUUAUGAAUAAUGAUGAACUGUCUGAAGUUAGGAGAUCAGAGCUAGUUUUUUCGGAUACAAUUAUUUUAGAUGUCAUAAAAAAGUCCCUCACACAAAAAUUUAAUGAUCGAGGACGAUUUGAACCAAAUGUGAAUUUCGCUCGAGAAAAUUCGAUAGAGCUUUCUCAAAUUGACGGCUGUACCAUGAUCGCGUUGAAGCAUCCAUCGAAUAUAAACUACAUCGAAAUGAAAUUAACCUUAUUAUGGCCAUUCACUCACUCUUAUUACAUUGAAGUAUCAGUGGAUAUGAACGUUUGGUUGCGUGUAGUUGAUCAUUCAAGUUAUGAUUGUCGGUCAAUUCAACGUUUGUGGAUUAACCCAAUAUAUGUUAGGUACAUACGUGUUGUUGGCACCUCAAAUACUAGUAAUAAGCCUUUUGAAUUUUUAAAAGUCAUGUACAAUACGGACAAUAUGCACUUGGUGGAAAUAAAAAACCGAUUUGUUGCUCCAAAGUACAAUGUUGCUUUAUUAUCUAUGAAUGCGCUUGUAAUCAAAGGUUCUUUUUUUGGCGAAAGAACGGUGGAGACGAAUAACUGCAUUUUUAAUGAUGACUAUAAAAACUACGGUGAGGAUCUUGGAUAUACAUUUCAUUUCCUGGAUUUGGGAGAAUGUAUAGAGAUUCAACUCGCCCAACCGUAUGUGCUUAGCUCAAUGAGGAUGCUGCUUUGGGACCGCGAUGGCCGAACCUACAAUUACACUGUUCAAGUUUCAGUCAAUCAUAAAGAUUGGGACAUGGUUAAAGAUAAAUCUAAUAAAUCGGCACAAUUGUGGCAGUUGUUGCUAUUUGAACAAAGGCCGGUAGUGUAUAUACGUAUUACUGGAGUUCGCGUAAAGAUGCCACUGAGUAUUAGAAAACAGGAUAAAACUUUUAAUUUAGUGUAUUUUGAGGCACCCGCUCAAGUAUCGUUAGAUCCCAAAGUCACAAAACCGUGGAAGUCGAUAUCGCAGCUUUUAAAUCGGAAAUAGCGCCACCAUUUGUCCGAAGGCCAACUUCUGCAUGGAACUAAUGGGUUUUUUUUACAUAUUAUU